AUGCAGCUUACAAACUUCCUCGGCCUCUGCGUGGUCGCCCUGGCUAGCUAUGCCGCCGCCAUGCCCCAUCUCGCCGGCCCAUACCACGGUAGCCGCAUCUCGGUCCAGGUCCCCACCAACUCGACCUUUGCUCACAAUGCAACCACUACCGGUACCCAUGUCAAGAAGCCCUUGACCACCGGUUUGUCCAAGGCCAAUAAUCAAACCACCAUUCGACACGUGUCUCUUAUUAAGCACGUGCCGAACCAUGUCAAGCACAUCAACCACUGCAAUGAGCUGUGCUCGUUGAUGGCUCAAACAUGCAGUAUUGCCAUGCCAGAGGAUGACGAGUACUGCUGGCAAACGUACCUGCAUUGUAAGGAGAGGUGUGUGCCGGGUGAUUUCGAGUGA